AGCAUUUUAGUCAAAACUGUCAAAGAACCUCCGAAAAGACAUCAAAAACUGACACCAUACCCUUGCUCUGAAAUUCCUAAACAUCCAACAAAAGAUCAAACAGUGAGCAUAACCUUGCAAGAUCACAAGAAGAUACCCACGUCUCUCUCAUUCUCUACUCUGUAUAUAAACUUUACUGUAUCAAGUGAAAUGAAAUGCUAAUAAUUUAUUGCAGUAAUUAAAAUUUUGAUGAUAGGCAAUUUACAGUAGUAGGAGAAGGAUUGUAAUUAAUUAGGCACUCUGACGUGAAAUUAACAGUAGUGGCUGGAUAAACAGAAGAAAGAGAGAUACAUAAAAAAAAUAAAAAAAAAUUCUUGACUUUGGAUCCAAGACGAAAACAGACACAAAAAUGGAUGCAAAUAAUUUUGUCAUGUCUUCUUAUCAAUUUGUAAAUUCACUUGCACAAUGUUAUCCGAAUAAUACAAGCAACACAUCAAACAGUACAAGUAGUAAUGGGCCACAAAAUGACUAUUUUCCUGGCUCUGCCUAUAAUCCAAAUUUAUAUUCAGGCGCCCCGCAAUCACAUUAUCCCAAUCCACAAACAUAUAAUCCACUGUCAGCCACACCAGCGACAACACAACAACCGGGUACAGCCGAUAUGGUCGAUUAUACACAAUUACAGCCACAGAAAUUUAUGUUGAAUCAACAGCAGGCACUUGGACAGGCAAGUUGCAAAUAUGCGGCUGAUGGACAAGGCAAUGGUACACCUACUAUUAAUCAAACCUCCAUUUCAAGUCCACAAGAUUUAACAACUGCCCGUGAUAUUUCACCUAAAUUAUCGCCAAGUUCUGUCGUGGAUAACACAGCACGCUCAAUGACUAAACAGCAACAUUCAACAACAACUAAUAAUAAUAAUAGUAAUGUAGCGAAUAAUAAUAGUAAAUCUAAUAAUAAUUCGAAUACAAGUAGCAGUCAUCUUCAAUCGACCUCACUACCAAUGCGUAGUCCCGAUGGUGAUGAAUCUGAUGCAUCAAGUGAUAGUGGAACUGAGGGAGGCAGCGGUACCGGAAAUGGAAAGAAAAAUCCACCACAAAUCUACCCAUGGAUGAAAAGGGUACAUUUAGGACAAACACGUACAGUGAAUGCUAAUGGCGAGACAAAGAGACAACGUACUUCAUAUACACGCUAUCAGACGCUAGAAUUAGAGAAGGAAUUCCAUUUCAAUCGUUACUUGACACGUCGACGAAGAAUCGAGAUUGCUCAUGCAUUGUGUUUGACUGAACGCCAGAUUAAGAUUUGGUUCCAAAACCGCCGCAUGAAGUGGAAGAAAGAGCACAAGAUGGCAUCAAUGAACAUCGUGCCAUAUCACAUGUCACCAUACGGUCAUCCAUACGCUCAAUUCGAUAUCCAUCCCAGCCAAUUUGCGCAUCUGUCAGCAUAGGACGUGUGGCACAGUAGCUUCUCGAAUACUGGUUAGAGACUCAACCAAUUAUAUCAAGAACAAUAUCAAGGAUAUCAAUCAAAUAAUCAGGAUACUACUAGUAAUGCUCCUUUAUUUAGUAGCAAUAAUAGUAAUACCUCUGAAAAAUAUCCACCCGAUUUCUGAUCUCAAAAUAAUCCUCUUAUCGAUUGUGAUUGUGAUACACAAAGCAAUUGAUGAUGAUGAUUAUUUAUAAUGAUUGGGAUAGGAAGCUAAAGUCCUCUAUCUCAAUGAAAAAAAAAAUGUGAAAUUUUUUAAUGUAAAACUGAGAAACAAUUGGGAAACUUCCAUGUGGAUGAGUGGAUUACCACAUCUCCACCUGGAAGUUGAGAUAAAGAUUUUUGAGUGAUGCAUUCAAAAAUUAAGCAGAAGAG